GUUGUUUGAGAGUGACGGUGAGGCGAGGAGGAGGAGGAAGGAGGAAGGCUGGGAAGAAGGGGGUGGGGGGGAGACGGAGCUCCUGAAAUAAUGGAGCCAGCCCAAACGGGAGACGAUGCUGGAGCAAGGGGCUGCGUCAUUUCGGGGCUGGGAGAGGGCUCAGCCCCCCCCCACCCCCCCCCCCCUCCCUGCCCGCACGCUGGGGGGGGGGGGGGGGGGGGGGCGGGGGGCACAGCUACCGGCAGGGCAGCGUGUGUCCCCCCCCCCACGCUCAGCGGGGCCGGGCCGGGGCAGGAAAACCCCACGACAGGGGAACGGAGAAGCCGCUUUCGGUCUGCUCGGCGAUGCCAGAAAAGAAAGGGGCAGGGAGAAGCGUACGGGACGCGCUUGCCGCAGGGCAGUGGGCAGGACCGGUCACAGUCACGAGUGGGGGCCCUCGGCGGGGCCGGUUCCCGCGGAGGGGAGCGGCCUCCCACGGCCGGCCGGACUCCCGGGAGGGCAGGGGUAGGAGGAAUGAUCGGCAUUUAUAACUGUGGGGGGAACUCGCAGCCUUUCAAAGAGUUUCAGCUGGGCCUUGCCGCAAACCGCUUUCAAGUCUGCUCGUUCAACCCACCGGCAGCCCGGGGGCCCGAGAAGCUGUCCCUUCGAGGCUCCCUGGCACCCACCUGGGGGGACAUGUACCUCUCGAAACGGGCCCUGAACCCGAAAUGCUUUGUUAUGCUCAAAACAAUAAAUAAGGUUCCGAGUGAAGCCUUCAGAAUAAAAGAUUGGUUAGCGUAAUAUCCCUAGCACAGCUAUCAACGUGGUCAUAAGAACUGUGAACUACAGGAUGGGUAAGCUUAAAAAACCCAGAGCAGAUCACAUUAGCCAAGAACGCUACAUAUCUGGAAGCCAGUCAACUUCACGUUUGCAGCUGACUGCUGUAUUAUGCACGAAUGUGUUUUACAUAUAGCAGACUGUAUACGGAAUAUGUCUUUAUGUUUAACAUUUUAAUUUGUAAAUGCUAAUUAGGCAGUUGGUCUCCACGGUUAUAUUAGUAGAUACCUAAUCAUUUCCCACUAUAAGUAAAUGAAUACUAAAUACGGUAAACA